AUGUCAUUUGAUACGAGUAAUGGGUACAACGCAUCCAAUGAACCACAAUUUAAGAAAAGAAAGCAAUUCGUAGCUCCAAAAAGUACUAACCCAAUUGGUAAUGAAGGUAUCUCUGAAUGCUUUCAAAAAUUUACAACAUCAUUAUAUGUAUCAUUAGCACCAUGUCAUAUAUCUAACCCUAUUAACGGUAUUAAAUCACAACAUUUAGAUCCUUUGAUCAUGAGUUACUUUCCAAAAGCCAAGGGAGUAUGUUUAGCAUAUUCAAACAUCAAAAUAUCAGAGGACAAUGUUACAAAAGAUACCGAUGACAAUACUAUCACUGUGGCCAAAAUAACAGAUUCGUCUCCAUUUACCUUCUUAUGGGUAUCGGUAGACUUUUUAAUAUGGAGACCCCAAGCUGGAGAUAUAUUGGAAGGAUAUAUUUACAUGCAAACAGCAUCGCACAUAGGUUUGUUAGUUCACGAUACGUUCAAUGCUUCAAUUAAAAAAUUCAACAUACCUGUUGACUGGAGUUUUAUUCCAAGUCAAGAAGAUGAAUACUCGGAAGAAGUCAGCGAUACUACUAAAUUUAAAUCUUUUGGAUAUUGGGCUGAUGAAAAUAAUGUUAAAAUUGAAGGUAAAUUAAAAUUUACAAUCAAAUCAAUUCACACUACAGGUAAAGUGGUUUCAUUAGAUGGUACAUUGAUAAAGCCAGGUUCAGAAAGAGAUGCACAACCUAUUUUCAGAGAGCGUCGUUCAUCAUCCUCGUCGGCAACCACAUCGCAAUCAGGUAAGCACAAGAAAUUCGAUGACGAGGAUAUACCAACAGUUACUGAAAUUCCGGAACCAAAAGAAGAUGACUUAAGUACUUUACCUGGCUAUUCGAAAGCAAGUGAUGAUGAGGAAGAAGAAGACAGCGCAGUCGUUAAUAACUCAGAUUCUGAAGAAGAAGAAUCGGAUUAG